AUGAGAAAUACUAAUGAGGGCNUUCUUUCAUACAACAGAGGCAAUAUGCUUCCUGCCUUUAACAAUGCUGCACAGGCUUGGAACCACGAGUUCUUCUGGGAGUCUAUCCAACCUGGAGGUGGAGGAAAGCCAACUGGAGAGCUUCUCAGAUUAAUAGAGAGAGAUUUCGGGUCUUUUGAAGAGUUUUUGGAAAGGUUCAAGUCGGCUGCAGCAUCUAAUUUUGGUUCGGGUUGGACAUGGCUUGCAUAUAAGGCAAAUAGACUUGAAGUUGCAAAUGCUGUAAAUCCGCUCCCAACGGAAGAAGAUAAGAAGCUUGUAAUAGUGAAGACUCCCAACGCAGUAAAUCCGCUCGUAUGGGAUUAUUCUCCACUUCUCACCAUUGAUACAUGGGAGCACGCUUACUAUCUGGAUUUUGAGAACCGAAGAGCUGAAUACAUAAAUACAUUCAUGGAAAAGCUCGUGUCAUGGGAAACUGUAAACACAAGGCUAGAAGCUGCAAUGGUUCGAGCAACCCAAAGAGAACAAGAAGGAACAGAUACAGAAGAAGAAGCGAAUCCAGAUGAUGAAGAGCCGGAGGUCUAUUUAGAUAGUGAUAUUGAUGUAUCUGAGGUUGAUUAAAAAACCUGUGAAGCAUAUAACAUUAGCAUCUGAAAUGUCAAUUACAGAGAGCAAAAUUUUUUGCAUUCUUAAGCCUUACAAAUUAACUUAAA